AUGACAACAUCACCCAACUAUCUGGUUAACGCCGCCAACUUUGGCAAUCUCCCGAAUAUUCUCCAAAGAAAACAUGCCAAACGCGGUUACGAGUUUACUUUGAUGGUCGUGGGCGAAUCGGAUUUGGGAAAGACGACGCUGAUAAAGUCUCUCUUCAACUUGCCUGAAAGUAAGAAGGAAGUCCCGACCACCCAGGAGUUGCUCAACAAAACACUCUCCAUUGAAUCAAAGUCUGUUGAUAUUGAAGAAAAAGGGGUGCGGCUCAAGUUGACAAUUGUUGACACUCCAGGUUACGGCGAUUCCCUAAACUGCUCUGACAACUUUGAGCCAAUCUCGCAGUACAUUGAUGAGCAGUUUGAAAACUUUUAUCAGCAAGAAAAUGGACUUAAUCGUCGUCAAAUUCGCGAUUCACGAGUGCACUGCUGUUUUUACUGCAUUUCUCCGCUCAACUUUGGCUUGAAGCCAGCUGAUCUGGAGUUUCUCAAGAAACUCCAGUUCAAAGUAAAUGUUAUUCUCAUCAUUUCAAAAUCCGACUGUUUGACCACCAAAGAGGCCCAAGCAUUGAAAACCAAAAUACUUGAAGAGCUUAAGCUUCACAAAAUUCAAGUGUACACUCCCCCGGAUUGCGAAAAUGAUGAUGAUGACGAAUUUAAGGAACAUAUUAAACAGUUGAAGAACUCGAUGCCGUUUGCAGUCUCUUCUUCUCUGGAAGUUCAUGAUGUCAAGGGGCGAAAAGUGCGUGGCCGCGAGUAUCCUUGGGGAAUCAUCGAAACUGAAAAUCCGGAUCACAGUGAUUUUGUCAAGCUUCGAUCGCUUUUAAUUUCGCACAUGCAAGAUAUGCGUGAGCUGACGCAUGAGCUUCACUACGAAAACUACCGUUCACGUCGAAUCAUGAAUCAGGGAAGUCAGUUCAGCCAAUCCUUUCAGUCUGACAUGAAUCGAGAUAAUAUCAGCAUUCAAAGUGGAAGUGUCUUUGAGGAAACAGAAAAGGACCGAAUUCUGCAGGAGAAGCAGGCUGAGCUGCAGAAGAUGCACGAGAUGCUGAGAAAGAUGCAGGAAGAGAUGAAUAUGAAGCAAGCUGCCUAUGAAGCAAAAGAAAACGGCCACGAAUAA